AUGUCGCGCGAUGGCGUAGCACGAGGAGGUCCUAGCAAAAUGGCGAGCGAGAGAGAGGUGUUAUGUAAAAGGCCUGUUACCAGCCCAGCCGAAUUAGUUCGGAUGCGAAAUCAUCCAACUUCCUCCAGAAUAGAACUCUCUAAAUCUGAGCGCGAGUUACGGACAUGGGGGGAUUACAUGGGAGAUACCAGCCGGCUAGGCAAUGCCAAUCCACAAAUAUCGCUGUUAGCUAUACGCCUCUGUCAACUUAAUUAUAGGAUAGGAGGAGGAUAA